GGAAGAAGUUGGCUACCGGCCGUUCCUUGCAGACAUCAGUGUGAUUGAUCAACGCGGAAAUGAGUUGUUUUGACUUUCCAUUGCGGAUCAACUAGGGAAUCAGCGCAUUUUCCACAUGGCUGUAAUUAUGAGCUGUCCAGCUUCAUAGUGAAUGUCUUCAUUAUAAGUAAGAUGACCACGGCUAACGUUAGCGAAGAUAUCGGGGUGAAGUUUCCCUUGCAUUCCUCGGUAUGGGAGAAUGAUUACAGGAGAUUGGAGAGCUUGUUACCCCAGAAUGACAUAGAGGCCGUGGAUCCCAGAGGGAGGACACCUCUCCAUCUGGCUGUGUCGCUUGGGCACCUGGAGUCAGUGAGAGUCCUGCUGAGACAUGGUGCCGAAGUUACUAAAGAAAAUGCCAAGAAUUGGACAGUGCUGCAGGAAGCAGUGAGCACCGGAGACCCAGAGAUGGUUCAGUUGGUGCUACAGCGCCGAGACUACCUCAAAGCCUCCACAGCACUACGUGGAGUGCCUGAACUGCUGUCCAAGAUCCGAGAGUCUCCAGAUUUCUAUAUGGAAAUGAAAUGGGAGUUCACCAGUUGGAUCCCUCUUGUGUCGCGGGUUUGUCCAAGUGAUGUCUGUCGUAUUUGGAAGAGUGGUGCUUGCUUGCGGGUAGAUUCCACACUUCUGGGCUUUGAGAACAUGACUUGGAUCAGAGGGGGUCGAAGUUAUAUCUUCAGAGGGGAUGAUACAUGUACAGAGUUGAUGGAGGUGAACCACGAUGAGGAAGUGGUUGACACUGAACGCUUCAAUAUAUCUCAAGAGAUGGAGGAUGUCACUCUAGAUUCAAUGCAACCACCUGAACAGGAAGUGGCCAAAAGAUUGACUACUUCCAUUGUCAACACUUACUUGGACACCAAGGAUAUUGCUUUUGAAAGGAAUAAGUCAGGGAUAUGGGGUUGGAGGACUGACAAAACUGAAGUUGUUAAUGGAUUUGAAUCAAAGGUAUUCAGCGUGAACAAUGUGAAUGUGGUAAUCCGGACAAGGACAGAGCAUCUCACAGAUGAGGAAAAAGCCAGGAUAAAAAGUGAGCGGAAUAUCCUUGAGUCUCUUCUGGGGACUGUGGAGCAGCACAUAAGUGCACAGGGGGACCUUACUCUUGAGUAUGCAACUGCCACCAAUCCCACUGCCAUCACUCCAGAUGAAUAUUUUGAUCCAGACUUUGACCUGGAGAACAGAGACAUAGGCCGGCCAAUUGAACUGAGCAUACGGACGCAAAAGUUUAAAGGCACAUUGUGGAUGAGUGAGGAACACCCCCUCUCCCUGGUAGAGCAGGUUACUCCCAUCAUUGACCUUAUGGCCCGUACCAGCUCCCAUUUUGCAAGGCUGCGUGAUUUUGUCACCCUGAAGUUUCCCCCUGGAUUUCCUGUAAAAAUAGAAAUUCCUCUGUUUCAUGUGCUUAAUGCCAGGAUUACUUUUGGGAAUGUCAACAAAUGCAGUACGGAAGAACCACUGAACACGUCCCCAGCUGCCACACCAACCCCGCCAGGGGAAGAUGUAGAUGCAGCUGCCCCCCUUCCAUUCCAAGUGUGUCCCUCAGUGUUUGAGGUGCCCGUCCACUAUCGCCAUCGAGGUGGCAACCGCCACACACCCGUAUCCAACCACGAGGAGGAGCUUUUGCAGUUUGCAAUCCAUCAGAGCCUUCUGGAGUCUCACCAGGUUCCAGGACAGGAAGUGACAUGGGAUGAUGCUAAUGGGGACUUAACUGAUGCUGUGCUGAGUAGCCUGAGUGAUGGAAGUAUCCCAGAGGGGGCACUAGUAGACUAUGGAGACACUUCCAGCCCUGCGAGCUCGGUGUCGGCUUCUAGCCCUGACUCCGAUCUCCGCCUGGCAAUGGAGCUCUCAGCAAGAGCUCAAGAGGAAGAGGAAAAAAGGAGGAAGCAGGAGGAUGAGGAACUACAGAGGAUAUUGCAGCUAUCACUCACCGAGAAGUAAAGGCUAGAAGAGGGAACAAGGAGCGAGGUCAUGAUCGUAUUAACUUCUAGUUCCAGAAAGAACCACCACACCUCAACUUACCUUCCCAACCACUAGAGUCAUCUAUGCAACCUCAGAUCUUUUCUGUAACAGGUCAUUAUUGCACAGGCAAUAUUAGACUCUCUGUAUUCAAUAUUUUCAAAUGGCUAUUUUUGGUAAGAACAUACUCCUUUAUAUAUUUGUAUCUCCACAUAAUUCAUUAUCACUUUUCUGUGCUCUAGCUUGAUCCAUGGAUUUGUUGAGAUUAUUUUAGACGGGGCUCUUUUUGGUUCAGUUGAGAGCUGCAGCUGUAACCCAUAAAAGUGGUUUUCAUCUUAUCAUUAUCAGGGUCAGUGGCAGAUGACAGAUGUUGAAGGUCUUAUAACAGAUCUUUUAGACUACUGGAGGUGAUUCUGUAGUCCUCCUACAAGGUCACUUGGUAAAGGGCAAUGGUCUCACUGAAUGAUUGAAUAUCUCAGGGUUCCACUAUUCCACAAUCCCUUUUGCAUUGAAAUUGCUUUGUUGACACAUUGGAGGUCCUGCCAUGUUUCUUAGAUGCAAAAUAUGAUCAUACCUUUGCGGUCCACUCACUGCUUUUCCAAUGUUAUGCCAUGACUGGGUUUCAUUCAAUUCAAACUGAGCUGCAAGUUCGUGGGUAAAUGGAAAACGGAAGUUCUGGUUCUUUGUCAGUCUACGAUAUUCAGAUGGGUAUAACUCAAAGCAUAUAAAUGUGAGAAAAUGUCAUUAAGCUGCUUGUAGAGGUCUUUGCAGCCGGAGACAGCUGAUCCCAGUUUUUCUAAGCCAGUUUAGUGGAGUAUGUCCCUUUGUAUUGUGGUUGGAGGGGAUGUCAGUCUUUUUUUUCUUUUUUUUUAAUAAUUAUUUUUCUCUGGGCCGCCAACUGUCGCUGAACAACAUCAGCCAUUAUCACCUCAGAUCAAAGGAGCAAUAGCAGAGCCCACUGUGCUUGCCUGUAGAUAAAACAGCAUUCAUGCAGCGUAGGAGCAUUCGCACAACCAGUGCUAUGUAGAUUAUUAUAACUGGGCCAUUAUUUAGUUUAUAAGAUUAAUUCUGAAAUAUUAGCUUAUGUAUGGCCACAAGGCCUCAAUACGAUGAGUUUUCUAAGGGUAAUCCUUUAGUCUUUUACUGGUACAAAACAACAUGCUGAAGGAAGUUCAACUUGGAUUCAGAUUAAAUGCACUUGUGUGAUUCAGCAGUGGUUGCAAUUUUGGAUGCAGAUCCCAGUGAUGACCGCUGACAAAAGGAUGGUUGAGGGAAGUGGUUUUGACUGUGGUGCAUUGCCACCUAUAUGACACUUACAAAGUCAAAACAUAAUUUCUGAAAUGCCAUAUCUUACAAACCAAGAUGGUGUUCAAAUGUAAUUGUGAUGUUGAAUCAGAUGCAUUAACCACUAUAGUUGAUUUGCACGAUAACUGAUCAUCAGAAGUGUCUCUCCGGGUUUCAAGGGCUUGCACUCAAAACCUGCUAAUUAUUAUAAUCAACCUGCCAAACUGCCGAACAGUCUACUUUAACAAGGUUAAUUUGACUAGAUUUUGGAGAGAUCGUUUCUUUUGUAAUGCGCCAUUUGUUUGCUGCAAAGUUCUAGGGUUUUUUUAAUUGAUAAGAUUUUAAGAUUUGUUUUCCAAAUGCUCUUUUUUUUUAAUAAAAGCACUUUAUUUCCAUGUGGACUGAAUCUGACUUUGCUUAUUACUUUUUUCAAAAAACAUCAAGAGAUACUUUAUGUAAGUAGCCUUAUACAAUUUGCUGUCACAGCACGUAAGUUGGAUUUCUUCAUAUCUGAUGCUGUUAUGCCCGUUUACAAUGCGAGGUCCAUAGCAUGCAGCCAUCCAGGUUAAGGCUCAGAUCUCCAUUUGUCGACAGCACGUGAAUGAAUGGAGGUUAUGUUUGGUUAGAUGCUAAAUAUAGCUACAUCCCUCAGUAAUUCCUAUCUGGCUGCGACAUAAUCAGACUAUAUAGUAACUGUUUAUUGUAAUUCGAUUGGAGUGUGUAAGAUGAAGCGUUUACACAGACACUAGGUAGGAAGGAUUGAUUCUAAAAAUGGAAUGAAAAUUGUGUGUUCCUGUUUUGUGUUUUUGCCUGAUCUGUCAUUUGUCAAGGCCAAGUUUUCUACAAGU